UCAAGCUACAAUGGAAAUGGCCUUUAACCUGGGCAUUUUCAGAAACGUUGACUUACUCUCUCAAGGAUAUUACUACAUUCAAUUUGAAAUUUAUACUGAACAAGAGUGGUGUUUCGAGGACUCAAAAGACGAAGCUGACAUCAGGACAUAUGCUGAGUUUAUAAUAGAUGAUAAUGAUUCCUUCGUGAAUUACUCAAUGAACAGCUCAGAUCCGUACCAAUACUGCACUGACUUCUUCGUGAUCAGCUAUGAAAGGGAGAAGAUAUAUAACACAAUGAAUCAGCUCAAACUAAAGCAUAAAAUAUUCUUACCAAUGAAUUAUUACAGAAGAAUUGGUGAUCUUAAACUUCCGAUCUACUGUCGAGCAAAAUUGUUUCAUACCCCAAUGGAGUGCUACCUGAUCAGUGAUACAUUUUACAAAUAAUUUCAAGCAGGUGGACCUACAAGAAUUCAAAAUUGGAGAUGCAUUGCUAGGAGCAUACAAAUAUUUACAGAUAGAUUUUGAACCCCCAUUUGCAUGAGCUCUGGAGAGUUCCAUCCACUGAUGUAUCCUUGAACUCAAACUCACAAGUCCGAAAAAGGCUUGAAAAGAAAUCAAGAAAAUGAAUAAGGGUGAACUCGAAGACCAACUAUCUGAUAUAGAUCUUUCCAUGAAGCAGUACUCCCUCGAGAGCUACCUCUUCUCAAAUUUCAGGAAGAAGAAGUCUCUGAACUAUGAUCAGACUAAAAAGGUGGUCAACAAGUACUGAGGGUUGUUGAUCGAUCAAUUCAACAAGCUCAGAGAUAGCUAUAAAGAAGUUUAUAAAAGGAAUAAACUAGCUAAGCUGAAGGCCAAGUCUAGAAAGAAGGAUCAAAAGUUGCCUCCAAGAUACCUAGUUGAUUACGACCAGUUCUUCGAGAGUGAUAGCCCCAGCAGCGAUGAAGAUGAGACCUCUGGGACUAGCCAUAGCUUGCUCAAGUCUAAAAUUAGUGGGUUUCUGCACAUUAAGCCCAAGACAAAUACUAUUGUGAAAGAGAAGUUUGGAAAACUCUCUUCGAAGAAACUCAAAGCUUACUCUGAAUCAGAGAACUUCAAUGAGUCCAUCCUAGAGGAACUUAUUGAGCCGAGGGAUACUACUUGCUUAUCUCUGUCUAAGCAGGAGAUAUUUGAAAAGGUCGUUAAGGAGUUUGAAAAUAUCUCUUCCCAGCUCCAGAAAUUUUGGGAGGUGUACUGUAGCUUCCUCAGACACAACAUUGAAGGCACAUUGGAUCUCUUACUGCAUAAAAAUAUCAAACAUUACGGUAGAAUGCUGAAAAUGAGGAGGACCAGGAAGAUCCAGCAGCUUUUGACUAGAAAGUUGACCAAUAGUGACCUUAAAGGGUUUUCUAAAUAAGGCUAAAUAUCUCAGAGAGGACUUUGCAGUCUAUCUCUCUAAAGAAACUUCUAGGGGCUUGUGAUUCCCAAAAGAAUUCUACAAGAACUCCAACGAAGCGGUAAUGUUCCAAGAGACUUAUGAGCCAGACAUUGACCAAAAGGGAUUAUUUAAAGUACCUAAUAUGGAAGAGAGGAAGUCUAUCAAUAGUUCCUAUCAAGACGCAAGCAUCCUGAAUGACAGAAGGCAUUUAAUCUUCCUCUGCCAUGGCUACAGCGGACAUUAUGAUGAUUUAAAGUACCUCAAAGCAGCUAUUAUGGAGAAUGAUCCUACUGCAAAGGUUCAUUCAUGUCUUAAAGAUCGAGAAAACUCAGAAGAAAAGCUCUUUGCCCUAGGCGAAAUAGUUGCUAAAGAAAUCAAAUAAGGUAUGAAGGAAGUACUUUAAAGACUAUAACAUCGACAGGAUAUCCUUUGUAGGCUAUUCUAUGGGAGGGCUCUUAUUCAGAGCUGCUUUACCAAUGUUGAGUAGGUACAAAGACAACUUUAGCUCCUUUGUGACACUUGCAACACCUCAUAUUGGUUACCUUACAACUAACAGCAGAUUGCUAACAGCAGGCAUGUGGUUCUUUGGGAAGUGGAAAAAUAGCUCAUCUAUCAAGGAGAUUACAGUCAGUGAUGAGUCCAAUAUUAAGAAAUGUACGCUUUAUAAAAUGUCCAAGAUGGAAGGUCUCGAGUGGUUCGACACUGUUGCCCUCAUCGGGUCUCCGCAAGAUGGAUAUUCUCCGAUUGAGAGUUCACUCAUUCAACAAUCAGAAAGAAUGGAAAAUAGUAAGAAAAACUCUCAGCUCCAGAUGUUGGUAGAUAAUAUUACCAAGAAGCUGGUGGAUUGACGUGUUCACCGCAUCACUGUGAACUUUGAUAUCGGCUCUGGAUCCAUCGAUACAAUGAUUGGACGAAAAGCUCACAUCCAGUUCCUCGAUAAUGCUGAGAUUCUAAAGAACCUGGUUUACACACUCAGUGAUAUUUUCUACAGAAAUGAGGAAUCUGGCUAACUAUUUUUUCAAAAUAAUUUAUUUCUACCUCCUUUCUGGAUAGAUUCUGCUCCAAAUAUGACUUCUUCCUUCGAAGUUA